ACAAAUCGAUCAUGAUUACAUGUUACAUCUGAUUGCAUUUGGCGGCAACAUAUUUGAUGUGAUCAUUAUCUUAAUUUGUUUUGUUGCAUUUGAUUUUUAUAUAUUUUCUUAAUUAAAAGUAAUCGUUUCAAAUUUAUAAUGGUUAAUACGGUGCGAGAAGGUACUGACCACGCUUUGAUAUUUGAAAAAAAUCGCGUCAAAACUUUCAAAAAUUGGCCUCACAAGACGGGUAAAAUCUCAAAGGAAAAUAUGGCCAAAGCUGGUUGGUUUAAGUGUUUGCCUGAGUCAGCUGAUGAUGCUGUUGAAUGUUUCUGCUGCUUGAAACAAAUGGAAGGUUGGUCAUCGAAUGACGAUCCAUGGAAAGAACAUCUUGACCAUAGUCCUGAUUGUGAAUUUGCUAAAACUGGUGUCGAGGAACGAAAGCUAACGUUGUUGCAAUUUAUCAAGAUAGUCGAAAAAAGGUCUACAAAUUUAAUUGAGAAAAAAUUUGAAGAAGAACAACAAAAAGAAAUUGAACAUCUCAAAUCUCUGAAUGUUUAUCAAUUUUUAGGCUAAUCCAAAGUAGUCAUUUGACGAUGGCAAAGAUGUUAAGUAAGAAUGGAGGAGUCAGUUUAAAGAAAUGAAAAAUCAUGUUUUAUAUUUGAAAUGAAAUCAUCAAUCUAUUUUAUUUGCUUUUAAUUCCAUUUUGUUUGCAUUAUAUUUUUUUUGUACUGAAAUAAACAUUCAGCAUACAAGCAUUCACAAGCGUAUUAAAGCACAUAAGACUAUGA